UUUUUUAAAUUUAAAAAACUUUUUUUUAAACAAACAAAUCAAAAUAUGUCAAAGAAAGCUGUUGGAAAUUUAAUUGAUGAAUCAAAUAAACAACGUUCACUUCUUUCUGAUACUUCUCAACAUAUUGGAGGAGUUAAUGCUUGGAUUAGAGGAGCAAUUGGUGGAGUAACCAGAAGAAGGCGUGAACAAGAAAAUCAGCAACAAAAAACAUUUUCUUUCCAAAAUGUUGAAAAUAAAAAAGAAAAUGGGGGAGAUUUUAGUAAAUUAAUUGAUACUGCCCCUAAAGAGAAUACUGGAAUUAAAUCUGGGGGAUUAGAUAUUAUUGAUAUUAAAGCAUUACAGAGGAAAAGGGAUCAAGCAGAAUUUACUAGAAAUCGAAUAGAAGAGGAAAUGAGAGAAAAUCAUCCAUUUUUUGAUUCCCCUCUUUUUAUUGUUGGAAGAAAUUCAAGACUUAGAAGAUGGUGUUUGUUUAUUGUUGAAGCUAAAUAUUGUAUUAUAGACGAACAAAUGAAUGGAUCUUUUCGUGGAAUUAAUAAUUUUAAAAAUAUUUCUACAACAAGAAAACCUCUUGUUUCAUUAAAUAAAUAUAAACAAAUUAAACAAUUAAUUGGGUUACUUACUUAUUUGGAUUGGACAAUGGUUUUAAUUACUUUAUUUUCAUGUUUUGCUAUGCUUUUUGAAUCUCCUUGGCCUAUUUCUGGCGAAAAUAUGAUUUUUAAAAAUAAAUAUUUUGAGGCUUGUGAUUUUAUUUUUGUGUUAGCAAUGAGUAUUGAAUUAACACUUAAAAUUGUUGCUCAUGGACUUUUCUUUACCCCAAAUGCUGUUGUACGUGAUGUUGGUGGAUUUGCUACACUUUUUAUUUUUGGAAGUUCUUUAUGGUAUUUAAUUUGGAUGCCAAAAUAUGUUCAAGAAAAUUCAUUUGCACAAUUUUUAAUGAUUUGUAGAGCUAUGCGUCCCCUUCGGAUUUAUACUUUAGUUCCGCAUAUUCGACAAGUUGUCGUUGAACUUUGUAAAGGAUUUCGUGAAAUUCUUUUAGUUACAAUUCUUCUAAUUCUUUUUAUGUUUAUGUUUGCAAGUUUUGGUUUGCAAUUUAUUGGUGGAAAGUUAGCUGCUUGUAAUGACCCAACAAUCACUUCUAAGGCAAUUAAAAUAUUAAAUUUAAUUUAA